UUAAUCUGUAUGUGUGAAGUGAAGAAGAAAGGAGAAGAAGAGAAAAAAAGCAAAGAUGCAGGCAGGGAAGGGUGCAGCGGAGGCCAUGAAGGAGAAAGCCAGCAAUGUUGCGGCCUCUGCCAGAGCUGGCAUGGAGAAAACCAAGGCCACUGCUCAAGAAAAGAAGGAGAGGAUGACGGCGCAUGAUCCAAUGGAGAAGGAAAUAGCAACCGAGAAGAAGGACGUGCUGAAGACACAGGCGGAGAUGGACAAGCAGAUGGCUCAGGAACACAAUGCAGCUGCAAGGGAAGCCGCAGCCACUGGUGGCCAAGGCAGAGUGCCGUUGCACACCACUGGGGGGGCAACUGGCAUUCACCACCCAGGCUAUGGGACAGGUGGCACCGACGCCACCGGUGGCGCCGCCACCAGGGACAUUAACUAUGGCGGAACCACCAAUGGAAGUGGGAUCUAGAGUUGUUUAAUUUGCGUGUUUGGUGGUUUUAAUUUUAGUUGUGUGAAGUGUCUCAGUGUAAUGCUUUCGCUUUGAAUUGAAUAAAAACACCUAGUACUUAUCCACUA